UCAACCAAUCGACACACCGCUCGACGUCUAUCCAGUUUUAUUUAUUUAUUUUAUUUUUUGGGGGGGAUUCUGGAGCAGUGGUUCUGUCGUGCAGAGAAGGUUUGUUCUAGUGGGGUUGCCGUAGUUAGGUGUGAGAGGCAUCGCACAUGACGUAGAGACAGUUUGGCCUAGUGGGUCGCCAGUUUUUGUGUGGUUGUCAAUGUCCAGAGGUGCAGAACGAUCUAACGUGGAUCGUGUCGGAAUACCUAAUUAUGGAAACGCUUUUGAGAAAGAAAUAAAGAUGAAAUUUUCAGCAAGAAUGGACAGCCUUUGUGGAGAGGUUAAAUUCACAGAUGGGGAGUAUGCCGAAGCAUUCGUACUCGACGUUGCCAAUCAACAUUUUGCCAACUUCGCGUAAAGACAAGAUCAUCAAACGGAUAAAAGAGGUGCCUUUGACGGCAAGAACUGUUCACCAUCGUGCAAUCAUAAUGGCAAAUGAAAUUGAAUGACGUUCACGAUGGAACGGCUGGAAAUCCCAACACCUGCGUGAAGCUUCAUCUGACGACGUCUGAAAAUCAGCAAAACCAGGAAGCACCUGAAGUCGCAUUCACGGCGAAAGGCGGACUUUGUACGUCGGCCGGACACCUUCCACACGCGGGACUUAUUUAUGGCUUGCCUUGGAUGAACGCCCAAGAUUUCUUCUCCUAUCGCCGACAGAUUCUCUGCCGUUCCCUCUCGGCCUCUUCGACGCUCAGCAUGGCGAACGUCUCGUCUCCAGAGUGACGGGGUCCACGUGCUCUUCAGACGAGCGCUAGUCUACUGACGUAGCUGUUCCCCCCCCCCCCCCCCCCAAAAAAAAAAAAAAAACAUGGAGGUUCCAUCUGAGCCUUCCCCUCUAAAUGUGUCUGAACCAUCGGCGCUUCCCGACGCUUCUUCUGCUGGUUCUUCCCAAUCUACCAUCCCGAGGAGAAGAACCUUUGCGUCGGUAGCCCAGCGCGUCAUCAUCCAGGAACGACUCCGGAAAGCGAAUGAGGAAGAUGGCAGCGAUGACGAGGAAGAUGAGGAACCGGAAGAAGUCUUAUCGAAAGACCAGUUGGAAGAGAAAGCCGAAGCGGGCGAUGCCAGAGCUCAGACUCGGUUGGGUCAGCACUACUUGAUUCUCGCUGAAGAAGAGGAUGAGGAUCUAAACAAUCGUCUGGCUGUUAAUUGGUUGAUAAAAGCCGCAAAACAGGGAAGAAAGAGUGCAGCGAGAGCCUUGCAGCGCUGCUGGAUGCGUAAAAUAGGAAUCACAGCGGAGAACGAGGAAGAUGUUCGGAAACUGGCGGCAGAGAGCAAGUUCGAAAGGGCCGUGCGUUAAGCAGCUAUGAUGAUGUACUGGAAGCUAAAUCCAGACAAGAAGACGAAAGUGGCCGUGACCGAAAUGCUGCAGAAUGUCGGCCAGGUCGACGCAGGACCGGGAGACGCCGCAAAAGGUUUUUGCGCCCCCACCUCGGACGAGACUCAGAAAAUCCUGGAAAACAUGGUCACCUGUGAGAGCGAUCACUUGGUGGACCUGGACGACUUUGUGGAGAUGACUCGAAAUUACGCUCAAGGCAUCGUUCCCUCAUCUCCUGAGCCGGCAAGCACAGAGGUUGAGCUGGCCCCCUCGGAAGACGAGGAGUCCCGCGGAGGGUCUUGGAAUUUCGGCGGAAGUGGGGUGUUGCUGGACACGAAGCAGACCGGCGCCAUUAAAAAAGCAAUAGCUAUGAAAUCCCGCUUAACGAUGCUGCACUAUCCGCUGGAUUCUGUGGUGGAGGUGAAGGAGCACCUGGUGGACUGGGCCUCGCGGGCCGGCGUCCAGUGGCUGAGCACCGUCAUCCCCACGCAACACGUCAACACGCUCAUCUUCUUCUUCAUCAUCAGCAACCUCACCGUUGACUUGUUUGCCUUUGUCAUCCCGCUCCUGGUCUUCUACCUCUCCUUCGUCUCCAUGAUUAUUUGCACACUGCGUGUUAUUCAGAGUAGUAAGACCUGGGAGAACUUCCGAGCCCUGACGUCCCUCCUGAGCCGUUUUGAACCCGGCCUAGAUGUCGAGCAAGCGGAGAGCGACUUUGGCUGGAACAACCUGGAGCCGUACCUCUACUUUAUCUUCUCCGUCUUCUUCGUCAUAUUCUCGUUCCCCGUCGCCGACAAGGGCUGGAUACCCUGUUCGGAGCUCUCGACGGUGGCCAUCUUUUUCACGGCGGUCAGCUACCGGAGCCUCAGUCCGAUGGCCGCGACAUACGCGCGACGGGCAAUGGUCAUCGAGGUAGCUUCGUCUCUCUGUGAGCUGACUCGGCUCGUGCCGGAAAACGUGACAUUUUUGGGCAUCCUCGGCCGCACCUUCGCAACUCUGCCACUAGGCGAGUCAGUCGUCCUGCAGCUCAGUAUUCCCUGCUUGCUGUAUGUUUACCUUUUUUACCUUUUCUUCAGCAUGGCCAGAAAGCGUGGCUUCCGGGGUACAUACUGCAUCCUGGUGCCCUACCUGGUGUGCUUCAUGUGGUGCGAGUUCUCAGUGGUGCUCCUGCAGAAUUCCACGGCUGUAGGCAUACUGCGCACCUGCGUGGCCUACUUCCUCUUCCUGUUUGCGCUGCCUGUUCUGGCGGUGGGCCUCGGCAUCAUGCUCCUGAUCCAGCUCUUCAAGUGGUUCCUGGAGCUGGAGCUCACCAAGAUGAUUGUUACUUUAGUGGUAUGCGCAAUCCCCGUCGCUCUCCGGCUCUGGACGCGAUUCAGCACGUCCAUUCUGGGUGUUUUCCGCUCGGUGACGCGCCGUGGACCCGUUAAAUUCAUCUUACUUUGCAUCUCUAUGGUGAUCUUGUUCUUCUCCAUCUACGUGUACCACGCAGAAGGUCAGAAAGUCUACAACUCCACCUUGACUUGGGAGCAGUACAGUCAGGUGUGCGGACCCCCUGCUUGGCAAUCCAAAGGAAUGGCCAAGACACAGAUCUUCUGCAGCCACCUGCAGGGGCACAGGGUGACCUGGACGGGCCGCUUUCGGCACGUCGGUGUGGCCGAGACGGAGAAUGGGGCGCAGUCAGUCAUUAACAUGUUGCCCGUGUUUCUUGGGGACUGGCUGCGAUGCCUUUACGGUGAGACAUACCCUAAAUGUGAGCCAAAGAACGGGACAAACCAGACCGCUUCCGGCACCACGCCAGUUGCCGUUUCGCUGCCCGUGCUGCUACGAAUGCAAGAAGAAGAAGAGUUGUGUCAGAUCAAGGCUCUUGCCAAACACACCUGCCACGUCAAGCGCUUCGACAGCUACCGAUUCCAAGUGACCGUCGGGAUGAUCAGGAACCAAAGCGCAGAGGCAGAUGACCCGGGCAGGGAUAUCGUGCUCAUGGCCAGCCACGAGUUCCGACAGGUCCUGCUCAACUUGGAAGCGGGUAAUAUGGUGGAGAUCUGCACCAAGCUGGAUGGCCGCCUAGGAUCCAAGGCCCCGGCCUUCGAGUUGAAGGCGAUCAACUGUCUGGACUGCGUUUCCCCACUUUUGCCUGGCGGAAGGCAGGUAAAGAUUGAAAGAGACUGGAGACGUACGACAGUGCGAGCCCUGAAUUUUGCAUUUGAUUUCUUCUUUUCCCCCUUCCUGUCCGCGAAGAUCAACGGCUGACAUCAGAACCGAGAAGCGCACCAAAGCCCAAACUGCUGUACUGUUCUCUUCAAACUUGGACUUCCCCAGAGAGUCACCUUAGAUUUCUUUUGGCGAAUAGAGUCACUGAUGUCAGCCAACAGACAUGAUGGUGCUAGAAGUAAUCGGUUGUUUUGAGUUGGCAUCAGUUUACAAUCCAGUUUAUUGCUUCGGUCUGUUUUUAGGGUCUUGAACUUUGGAUGGAAAAAAAAAAAAAAAAGGAUUUCCUUGGUGUGCAGGACAAUGUAUUUUUAAAUCCAUAAUUUAUUACAGUGCCAGAGGGAAACAGCAGUCUGGUGAAAAGUUUUCCCCAUCCAGGACUGGUUCUUAGUCAAUCGCAAGGAAUCAGGAAGAGGAGGAAUCACAUGGCCACAUGCCAGCUGCACAAAAGCGACCAGAACCACAACACUAACAAUGACUGAACUGGAUCACUUGAAAACCUUUUGUAAAUGAGUCCUUGAGAAGUGAGGCAACUAAUUAGGAUUUGGUCCGCCAUACGUCUAGAUCAACUGAUCUUCAGAUCUUAGGGAAUACGAUCGAUCUUCAAACAGGAACCCGAUUCAUUCUGAAUGAUGUCUGACUCCAAAAGGGAUUUAAAAUAUUUUCAAGAGUAACAACUUUAUUCUGCUGUUUUUUUUUUUAAUGGCUUGCAUAUUUACACGACUGUAGAGCGACAGUAUUUACUUUUGUAUUUUUUUUUUUUUUUUAAAUCUAGGGCAUUAGUUUUUUUUCCUGCUGUACGGUACUCAUAUUCUGUGAUUCUAAAUGAUCACAUUGCCACCUGCUUCAUGAACGUGGCAACAAUGUUCAAAAAAGUGUGUUAGUAUUAUGGCACAGUUUAAAAGUAUUGCUAGUUUUCCGGUUUACAUUGCACACUCAAUAUGUCUUAUCUGAGGACGCAUCUUCCUUUUUAUGUCGGUUAUUCAGAAAUUUACGUCUACCCAGAGGAAGAUUUUAUUUCUGAUGAAAUGGUCAUUGAGUAACUCACAGGAGAAGAUAAGUAUUACGAUAUAUUUCAAAAGUUUAUUAUGACACUGAUAACUACAAGAGUUGGCAUAGCAACCAAAACAUUUAAUGUUGUUGAUUCCCUGUUAAUAUUCAGAGUAUUCAUUUUGGGCUUAUUGCAAAGUACAUUACGAGGUAGCACCAUUGAGUUGUAACCUGUACUUGCCGGUGUCCUUCAGCUGUAC